AUGGAUCUGACUACAAUCGCCAUUAUCGCAAUUGUUGUGCUCGUCUCGUUCCUGUCGAUGCUCUUCAUUAGCCGGUUCCCGAAGGGCAAAACUUUCGAGGAAAUGAUAAAGGAGAAGCGUGAAAUGCGCGAAAAGAUCCUGGGCCUUACCGCGGCGACGUCAUCGUCGUCGUCGUCGUCGAAGCCAGGCAAGGAGUCGGCCAACAAGAAAACGAAAAAGGCACACUCCGGCAGCGGAACCACCGGCGGUCAGAAGGGUCGGGCGGCAAAGCAGCAGCAACAGCAGACCCAGCGCGUUGAGGUGGUCGAGCGUGAAACCGACGGUAACUCGUCCGAGAGCCAGCUGGAGGAAGACAUCAAUCCGCUCGCGUUCGGUGCCAAGAAACGCACCGGCUUGGGAACCAACUUGACGGUGGAGUAUGCCGAAACGGAAGCAUUCCCGCUGAACGACAACACCGCCGCUAAGAAGAAAAACGCCAAGCAGCAGCAACAGGGUGGAAAGAAGGGAGGCCUUCAGAAGGGUGGCUCCUCCGGGGGCAUUCUGGUGAACAAGGCCGAACCGGUGCUGGUGAAGCCGGUGGAAUCCGUCCCGGAGAUGAACCACUUUGCGGAGAUUCAACCGAAGGAUGCUCUGGAGAUCGCUCGCCUGCAGAAACAAGAGGAGGAAACCAAGGCAGGAAAGCAGCAGCACCAGCCGAAGGAGCAGCGUCAGGGGAAGGGCAAGAAGGAACACAAUCCCAAGAUGUCACCGAAAAGUCAGGGCAACGAACAGCAACCGAGCGCCGGCGCCGCAGCGCCCCCGGUGGUCGUUGAGAUGAAGAAACAAGGCGAAGGCAAGGCGGCCACGGGCGGUGGCGGUGCGAUGGCACAGAAAGAGAAGGCAAACAAGAAGAAGCGCAACGAGCUGCUGUCGCAGGAACUGGCUGCCGAGGUGGCCGACGGGGUCAACGUGCAGUCGGUGGUGAACAUUCUCAGCACGGCCGAGUUGCCGCGCAACGACAUCCAGAUUCUGAUCGACUUUCUGCUCAACAAGCAGCAGGACACGCUGGCCAAGGACCCGUCCGAGUGGAACGAUCCGUCCGAUCCGCUCCAGAAGCUGAAGCGGCAGCUGCAGGAGAAGGAGUUGGCCCUGCAGGAGGAGCAGCAGGCGGCGGCCGGGUUGCAGGCGAAGCUGAAGGAGCUGCGCCAGGAGCUGAACGGCGAGAAGGUGCAGGCCAGCGCGGUGCUGAAGAGCUACGUCGAGGAGCUGAACAACCGCAAGCAGGAGGUGCACCACCUGACGCAGGAGCUGACCGUGUUCAAGGACAAGAUGGCCAACGAGAAGCACGCCCUGACGAUGCAGUGCCAGCAGCUGCAGGCGAAGUACAUUCAGCUCUCGAAAGAGCACGCCGCCACGCAGGAUCACGGGUCGACGAUCGCGCAGCUCCAGAACGAUCUGCAGCGGCUGCAGCAGGAACUGAUGGCCAAGAGUCAGCUACUGAACGAGAAGCUACAGUCCGAGGAGGAUUUGCUGAAGAAAAAGACUGAGUACGAGAUUUUAUUACACAGCAAAGAUGAGCUCAUGAGACAACGUGUACAGGAUCUGGCUGCCUACGAAGGCCAGAUGCACCAGCUGCAGCUGCAGGUGGGCCAGAAGGAGGAGCUGGACAAGAGCUGCCAGCAGCAGAGCUACGCCAUCGAGCAGCUGAAGGCGGAACUGCAGGUGAAGCAGAAGGACGCGGUUAACGCGGCCGCCGCCAGCAACCAGGCGGACGAAAUGAACCGGGUCGAAAUCCGGAACCUCCAGAAUGCCUUAGACUCUACCAAAUCGAAGCUCGAGGCGUAUCGGAAAGAGCUGGUCGACUGCAAAAGUCUGCUGACCGACUACACGCAGCAAACGAACGAACUCAAGGCGAAGGAGGAACUGCUGCUGAAGCAGCUCGAGGAACAGCGGCAACGGAAUGACAACUUGCGAACCAAGAACUGGAAGUUGGUUGAAGCAUUGCAGAAUGCCGAGCGUAGAAAUGGCUUCGGGCCGAAGGCAACCGAGAACAACGGUGUAAGUGAGCAGCAGCAGAAGCUGGCCGCCAGCAUCAGCCAGCAGGCCGCCGAGAAGGUGGACGUCGGCAAGGUGGUGCUGGAGGAGCAGAACCGCACGAAGGACCUGCUCGUUCAGCUGCUGCUGCCGACGGGUGUCGUGCCGACGCUGCCCGUCGAUGCGACCGACUUCCAGAGCUGGCUCGAGGCGACCGUGCGGUGCAUCAAGGAGCAACACGAACUGCUGCUCCGGAACCACAGUAGCGCCAGCAGCACCACAGUGGGGACAAACAGCACGGCCGCCGUCGCCAGUCAAACGACGACCACCAGCACCACCACCACCAGCAGUAGUGCUGGGGUCAACAACAACACCGCUGACACCGCCAGCAGUAGGAGCAGCAGCAGCAGCAAUAUGAUCGCCAAUAAUAAUCUUAUUCCGCAUAGCAACGUUAACAAUAGUUUACAAAAUAACAACAAUAAUAAUGACGCGCACGGCGCCACCGGGGCUGACGGGGCCGGCGAAAGCGCAAACAAGAACGGCGCCACCGAGAGUGGCGGUGAGGAGGACGACCACCAGUCAGUGGCGCUGCGCAACGAGCAGCUCCAGAAAACCGUAGAUCAGUAUAAGGUCAUCAUAGCCGAUACGGAAAUUAUGCUGAAAAACCUCGAAGCGCGCGUGAUCGAACAGGACAUCCACUGGCGCUCAGUGGUGCAGGCAAAGGACAAGGAACUGAAUCUGCUGAAGUCGGCCGGGGCCGCCGUGGUGCAGUAGUGAUGUUCGCCCGACCCGACCCGAGCGCCACCAACCACCGACGGCGAAUUGUUUCUGGAAGAGGCCUCCCGGCGCGAGCGGGGCACGACACAGACGAUGACGAUCGAUCGAUCGAGAUGUGUACUACGUAUGUUUGUGAUUGAGUGUGCGUGUGUGUGUGUGUGAUUGUAUGUUUGUAUGUAAGUUUGAGGCUGGGUAGACAAUCCACGAAACAAGCGCAUCCCAGUUUUUGGCGCGCUGUCGCACGGACGCACCGACGGCAAUACGCAAACGAGCUAGGUUAGGGAACGAUAAGACAAAAGUGCAGGCCCUGUGAAGAGAACGAUCUGACAACGAUCAGCUGCGGGCGCGACGAGGACGCAAAACAUGACCCACAGUUGCUGUUGCCCUUCUGUUGCCCUGUGCCUGAGUGCCGCAAUCCGAGGAGCCUUUCUAGGGGGCCACCAUGUCAAUUUACAGGUCAAAUCAUCCGGGAGAAUCCGUUGCGGUGCUACGUACCGCAAACCAGUGAAAGAAUCGUUUUCCAAAUAUCCCAACUCUCGAUUUGCUCCGUGUGUCAGGAUAGAAUUUCUGAUACACGGCCAACAGCGACGCAGGGGCUGGGGCAGUACUUCUACUUAUGUCUACGGCGCAAAUGUGCACAGUUCGGCCACUUGAUUCACUUGAGUUCCACCCAAGCGGUGCCCUUUCGCGGCGCAGCAAGGUUUCGAACGAAUUAUCGACGCGACGAACGGGGCCGACGAUUGAUGAGCCGUGGCCGGGGUCAAAGGGGUUUUGGUGGUGCCGACGACGCGCCUCGUUGUGGGUGCCUCUGUCCUACAUUGAUAUCUGUGGCCAAUAGAUGUUUUGCAAUUGUUUUGGGACCCCACAUCAUUCUCCUCAGCAAUCCUUUCCCGCCGUUUGCCAGCCGCCGCCCAGCUGGGCGUGUUUGCUUCGAAACUGCACAAUCGGCCCACCGCUCCGGCUAGCGUGAGGUGCGCGUCAGGCCACGAUCCUCACCGACAUGGCGUGUGUUCCGUUCGCCAAACCGCGCGGAACAGAACUUCCUCCACUCGAAUCUAAUGAACAGGUAGUGGUGCGCACACACACAAACACCACCCGGGACACGGAGCGACAAAACGGAAAUCCGUACUCAGUAAGAUUAAAGCUAAAUCGGAGCUAAAGAAAGCAUGGCGGGGUGUAGCCGAGGACGGUGGGAUGGUUAUUAAUAACGCAUAUUUUGUUUGUAUCUUUACGUCGAUAUAUAAUAGGUUAUUGUAUUAUGAAGCAGCAUAAGCAAGUAGAACGAAUAAAGCGUAGCAAAAGAGUGUGUGCUCUAGUGGGUCAGAGUGAAAAUGAGUUAGGAGUAAAACGGGCAAAUACAAAUGAAUGUUUUGUAUGUGUGCGUGCCGGAGGGCCACAGCAGCCACGAACAACCUCCGGAAACUCGGAAUCGGAAAAAACUUGAUGUGAACGUCCCCCAAACCAGGGACGGGACGACGGGGCAUGAUCGCAAGUGGUACGAACCCAGAACCCAGCAAUAUAAAAUACUAUUUUAUUACUACCGAUGAGUUCCACUAUUAAUUUUUGGGCGGUCUCUGGCUUCUUCUUUAACAAAGCGGGUAAGGUUGUUAUCGGCAUAGGCCCCACGCCACGCUUAACCACCUUCCUACCUUUGUUUUUCUUUUAAUUUAUACUAAGGCCAAUGUGUAAGUGUACAUUGAUUGCGCAAAUGCAAACGCAAAUCUAUCCGGUGUAAGGCAAAGAAAUGUAUGGCAAAUCCUUCAAAAGUCUACCUAGCGUCCUCAAGUGUAAUAAACUGACCUACAA